UGUCUCUUUGCACACCUGUAGCCUGACGGUGAAUCUGUUCCGCUUCUUCUGCGGAAAACACCACGGACACAGACACCGGAGCCGGGACCCGUGGAGUGUUUGUUCGAGGCGGUGAUUGGGACCGGUUCUUCUUCUUCUGUCAGACUGAUGUGUGUUUGUGUUUACUGCUGAACCCAUACACACACGCCUGCUCACACACACACACACACACACACACACGCACACACACACACACAUAUGUGUGAGGGGAAUUAGCACUCGGAGGAGACGACAUCUGGCUCCAUGAGACACGGUGACAUGCAGGAUCUGUGAGUGAGUCGGUCUGUGAUGUGUGAGUACGGAGGAGGACGUCGGAGGGGAGGAGGAGUCACGUCUGCUCGGGCAGCGAGUGGGCGUGUCCAGUCUGAGCGUGUCACAGAGGACUGAUAAUGCGAGCAGCUGUGGAGCAAUCAGAGUCACAGAGAGAGAAGAAGACAUGGACGCUCGGUGCUGAUUCAUGACGCCUCUCAGGAGGAGACUCAGUGGAACACACACACACAGGUGAUGCACACCUGAGACUUCAGUCAACACAAAGCUCUACAGAUCUUAAAGGGUCCAGCAUGCCACGGAACAGGGCCUUCUCUGAGCCCGAGUACUCUGCAGAGUACUCUGCGGACUGCUCGGUGACAUUGCCCUCUGACCCCGGGCAGGCGGUGGGUCGGACUCACGAGGUGACGGUGCGGAGCUCGGGCUGCUGUCUCUGCCUGCCACGCUUCAUGCGGCUCACCUUCGCCCCGGAGUCUCUGGAGAACCUGUACCAGACGUACUUCAGGAGGCAGAGACACGAGACGCUGCUGGUGCUGGUGGUGUUCGCUGCGCUCUUUGACAGCUACAUCAUCGUCAUGUGUGCCGUGAUCUACACCUCCGAUAAGCUGGCCUCUAUGCUGGUGGCGUCUCUGGGGCUGGCGGCAGACGUGGUACUCUAUCUGCUGUGUCGCUUCGGGCUGCUGCCGGACCGUGUGACCCGGCGGGUGGUUCCCUACGCCCUGUGGGUGCUCAUCGCCGCGCAGAUCUUCUGUUACCUGGGCCUGAACUACGCCCGCUUCCACCAGGCGUCAGACACGGUUGGCUGGCAGGCCUUCUUCAGUUUCUCCUUCUUCCUCACGCUGCCACUCAGGCUCACGCCCAUUGUCCUCAUCACUACGGUGUCCUGUGGGGUCCACACCCUGGUCCUGGGUGUCACCAUUGCCCAGCAGCAGCAGGAGGACAUCCAGGGGGCGGCGCUAGGACGACAGCUGCUGGCAAACAUGGUGAUCUACGUGUGCUCCAUCACCGUGGGUGUCAUGUCGUACUACAUGGCCGACAGGAAACAUCGCAAAGCUUUCCUCGAAGCCCGACAGUCUCUGGAGGUCAAACUGAACCUGGAGGAGCAGAGCCAGCAGCAGGAGCGCCUCCUGCUGUCCAUCCUGCCGAAGCACAUCGCUGAUGAGAUGCUGCAGGACAUGAAGAAGGAGCCCAGUCAGAAGGAGAUGCAGCAGUUUAACACUAUGUACAUGUACCGCCACGAGAACGUCAGCAUCCUGUUUGCAGACAUCGUGGGUUUCACUCAACUGUCUUCGUCCUGCAGCGCUCAGGAGCUCGUCAAACUGCUCAACGAACUCUUUGCUCGUUUCGACAAACUGGCUGCUAAAUACCACCAGCUGAGGAUUAAGAUUCUGGGGGACUGUUAUUACUGUAUCUGUGGUCUGCCUGACUACAGGGAGGACCACGCUGCCUGCUCCAUCAUGAUGGGUCUCGCCAUGGUGGAAGCCAUCUCGUAUGUCAGGGAGAAGACCCAGACUGACGUGGACAUGCGUGUCGGGGUCCACAGUGGGACGGUCCUCGGAGGAGUUCUGGGUCAGAAACGAUGGCAGUACGACGUCUGGUCCACUGACGUCACUGUGGCCAACAAGAUGGAGGCCGGAGGGAUACCAGGGCGUGUGCACAUCUCUCAGAGCACCAUGGAGUGUCUGCAUGGAGAGUUCGACGUGGAGCCUGGAGACGGAGGUGAGCGUUGUGACUACCUGAGGGAACGCGGCAUCGAGACAUACCUGGUGGUGGUUCCUAAAGGAGCUGUGGGCAAGAACGGUAUCAACGGAGUGAAGCUUUCUGUGACUUCAUCAAAUGGAAACUCUCCGUUGUUGAUAAACACCACAGAGUGUAACGGCAGUGUGAACACAGCCUGCACCACACCUGAGGAGCCCGAGGAGCUGGACACCAAGGUGGUGAACCCGUCGUUCCCGAACCCUCGACGGAGGCUGCGGCUCAGAGACCUGGCGGAGCGAGUCAUUGACGCUCAGGAGAAUGAACAGGAGCUGAACAAGCUGCUGAACGAGGCUCUGCUGGAGAGAGAGACUGUGCAGGCUCUGAAGGGGAAACACACCAACAGGCUCUCCCUGAGGUUUGUGGACCCAGACCUGGAGACCCGGUACUCAGUUGAGAAGGAGAAGCAGAGCGGAGCAGCAUUCUGCUGCUCCUGUGUGGUCCUGCUCUUCACCUCGACCAUGGAGGCCCUCAUAGACCCCUGGCUGAUCGCAAACUACAUCACGUUCUCUGUGGGAGAAGUCCUACUGCUCAUCCUGACCAUCUGCUCGCUGGCUGCCAUCUUCCCCAGAGUUUUUCCAAAGAAGCUGGUGUCUUUCUCCACCUGGAUUGAUCACACCCGCUGGGCCCGUAACACCUGGGCCAUGGCGGCCAUCUUCAUCCUGACCAUGGCUGACAUCAUGGACAUGCUGAGCUGUGUGCCUAAAGGUCCGGACUCAGGCAGCCCCACAUUGUCCCCCUCAUCCUCUUCCUCCUCCUCUUCCUCCUCUUCUUCCUCCACCUCCCCCUCCACCUGGUCAGGCCCUGACAGUUGCCUUGACAACCCUAAGUACUACAGCUACAUGGCGGUCCUGGCCCUGAUGGCGACCACGAUGCUGGUCCAGGUGAGUCACAUGGUCAAGCUCACACUGAUGCUGCUCAUCACCGUGGCAACCGGCAUCGUCAACAUCUACAGCUGGAGGGAGAUCUUCGACCGCUACGACUCGGCCCGCUUCCAGGACUACAGGUCCUCACUGGUCCCCUCCAGGUUCACCAUGUCAGUGAUGAUCGUCAUCAUGAUGGUCAGCUUCUACUACUUCUCCAGACAUGUGGAGAAACUGGCUCGCACUCUGUUCCUGUGGAAGAUCGAGGUCCACGAGCAGAAGGAGAAGGUCUACGAGAUGAGGCGCUGGAAUGAAGCUCUGGUGACCAACAUGCUCCCCGAACACGUGGCUCGACACUUCCUGGGCUCCAAGAAGAGGGACGAGGAGCUAUACAGUCAGUCGUACGAUGAGAUCGGGGUAAUGUUCGCCUCCAUCCCGAACUUCUCAGACUUCUACACGGAGGAGAGCAUCAACAACGGAGGCAUCGAGUGUCUGCGCUUCCUGAACGAGAUCAUCUCAGACUUCGACAGCCUGCUGGAUGAGCCUCAGUUUCGCUGCAUCACAAAGAUCAAGACAAUCGGCAGCACCUAUAUGGCAGCUUCGGGCGUCACGGCCGACGUCAGCAAUGGAUACAGCUGCAUGAAGAAGGAGGAGCAGUCAGACAGAGAGCGCUGGCAGCACCUGGCUGACCUUGCAGACUUUGCUCUCGCUAUGAAGGUCACACUGAUGAACAUCAACUACCAAUCCUUCAACAACUUCAUGCUACGCAUUGGUCUGAAUAAAGGAGGAGUGUUAGCGGGAGUGAUCGGUGCGAGGAAACCUCACUAUGACAUCUGGGGAAACACUGUGAACGUGGCGAGCCGCAUGGAGUCCACAGGGGUGAUGGGGAACAUUCAGGUGGUGGAGGACACCUACAACAUCCUGAAGGAGUACGGUUUCCGCUUCGUGAGGAGGGGGCCGAUUUUCGUGAAGGGGAAAGGAGAGCUGCUGACGUACUUCCUGAAGGGACGAGACAAACAGGGUUCAUUCAUCAACGGCUCCUCCGUCACGCUGCCACACCAGGUGGUGGACAGCUAAGGAGUGUGCACAAACAAACACACACACACAUUGACUGUCUAUGGACAGAUACACAGUCCAUCAGAGAUCAGGUUUUCAUGUAUUUGAAUCCUGAGGAUGGAGGAUGGAGGAUGAGGACGAGGAGGAGGAUGGAGGAUGGAGGAUGCUCGGUAGGGACAUGUCUGAUAGAGCUGCAGUAUUGAUGCCCCGCCCCUCCUCUCGUUGUGCUCGCUCUCUGCUCUCCGUGUUUACAUCACUCAUUCUUUCUUAAGACCACUCCCCGCUUUAACUCGUUAAACUGAUGGAUUUAAAUCAAAGAUGGACUCUGUCACUGUCCAUAAACAUCACAAACACACACACACACACAAACACACACACACGCACACACACACACACACACACACACACGCACACACACACACACACACACACACACACACACACACACACAUACAUACAUACAAACAUAUACACACACACACACUCUCAGUGCCAUCUCCUCCCCGGGCUAACACUACCUGGACUUCGGACACCUGGUCUCAGAUCUGGAUGUUUUUGGAGACCUUUAUGAACCUGAUGACUCUGAUGAGCUCGCUGUGGACCGAUCAGAGGCCAACAUGAGACACACACACUGAACUGACACCUGAGCCUUUGAGCUGGGUGUGAGAGUGUGUGUCUGUCUCGUAGUGUAAUUUUGAAAGGUAUUAGUUCUGGACUCUGACCCUGGAUCAGGUCUCUGUUGGACUCUGGACGUUUCUGCACUGAUGAAGGACGACACACUGUGUGCGUGUGUGCGCGCGCGUGUGUGUGUGUGUGUGUGUGUGUGUUUGUUUAAUGUGUGUGUGCCGUGUGUGUGCGUGUGUCAGGGAAGGGAGGGGAGAGUAUUUUCACACUGAUUGUGGAUCGAUGGAAGUGCCUCUCACAGUGCCAUGUUUUCAUUACUCUGAAGGAUCCUACAGUGCCCCCUACAGGCCGGAGGACACCUCUAUACUGCUGCUGGAGGAGUGUUUCACUUCAUCACGACUCAGAGUGUGAGAGCUCAGUCAGCUGUUCCUGUUUCACUGUUUGAAAGAAGUCUUUAUUUACACACUCUCAGGAGCUCUGCCCUCCACGUUAACUUCACACCUUCACAGAGGGUCACCUGUGGGGUGAGGGGCAGAGACGAGGAUUCUCUGUGGUCAGCACAUCAGACUCAGUGUGACGUUCAGAAGAGACUAUGAGGACAGAUUUAUAUUUAUAUAUGAGCUACGAGGAGACAGACGACCUGCAGACAUCGUCUCAGAUGUUUUUAUUUAUUGUUAGCUCUUCUGGUCACAUGACGUAAACGUUCCCCUCGGCUGUUUGCGUUCGCACACAGCUUUGAAAAAGCUUUGACCUUAUUUAAUCGCAGAGUUGACCACAGUGAUGCAGUUUACACGUCUUAGGAGGAGGGAUGACGGCUCCAGGUUUUAGUCCUGCAAACAGUUAAAAUCUGCAGCAUCAGAUAUUUAUGAACUCUCUGAGAGAAAGUGAGGGAUAGAAGGAAGGAUGAUGUGUUACAGAAGCAUAAAGGUCUAAAUCUGAAAGUGUUUAUUGAUGCAUUAAAGCUGCAGAUGAUCUCAGACCAGCUGACUAGAGCGCUAAGAUGAAGUGAAAAGCUUCAUCCGAAGAGUUGAUGGAUGUAUCUAGGGAAUGUUAACAGGAAGUGUCUCACUGUAUUUCAUGAUUUCAAUCCUUCGCAGCGUGAUGUUCACAGGGUCAGGGUGGACGUCUCUCCUCCUAACAAGACGAGUCUGGUUCUGAGGUCUUUAGUUUCAGACUUGGUGAAGGACCCUGUAGCACCCUCAUUGUCUCCAUGUGACGGCUCUGAGACGUACCUGACCCUGGAGCUCUCUGAAAGCAGCCUUACUUCUCUUUCAGAGGGUUCAGGUGUUAUUCACAUCUCCACCUACAUCUGGACUGAGUGUGCUCUCCCUGCUACAGAUGUGCUGUUAACACCUGGUGGGAGCAGGAUGAGCUCUCACCUGUGUCUCUGUUGGUUGUGUACAGGGCUGCAGACAUGGACACACUACAGGUACACAUGAGGUUAAUCUGUGAGCUCAGAGGAAGGUCAGGUAAACAAAGACAUUCAAUCUUUAACCUGACCUUCAACUUAUUUACAGAUCUGACAAACAACAACAAAACUCUCUGAGAAAAAAAAAGAGUGUCUGGAGCAGCUGUCCCGCAGCAGGUGUGUUCCUCCUGCUGCAGACUCUCUGAGAGUUCAUGAAUCUGGUUUUAAAACAAUCAUCCUGUGAGAACUUCAGCAGGUCUCAGACUGAGUCAUGUGGGUUCUUGUCCACAGUCCUGAAGUCUGGGUCUGGCUGCAGCAGACCUGCCUGGUGUUUCAGAUGUUGAGUGCUCACAUGCAGAGUCUGCAGCCUGUCCCAGUUUGAAUACUGAUGGAACCAUCACUGGAUCUGAAGGCAUGAGGGAAGCCUGUGACAGAGAGCUCAGUGAUGAUCUGUGACAGAGACAGAGCAGCACGCCCUGCAGGAGGCACGAAGCAGCUGUUAGCUCUGUAAAAAAGAAUUGGGGGGUCUCUAGCUCCGUCCUUUGCUGAUUGUAAAGCCCAUUAGUGUCCGUGUAGGACGGGAUCAAAGUGCAAUAGUUCCUUCUUACAAACCCGACUCUCUCCUCUCUGACGCAGACGUUCAAUCAUUCCUUUGACCUUUUUAUAAAUUCUGUAAGAGUCUGAAGAGACUGGAGUGUACAUAGAUCCAGGGAGAAGGACUCCACGUGUUCUUAUAGGGACAUGCCAACGACUAAGGAAGAGGAGGGUUUAGAUGCCACAAUGCGACCUCUGCUGGGUCCUGGUUUGUAUUUUAAAGUAUCUCAGGCUUGGAAAAAGGCACUUUGAAUAAUAUGCCCUGGUCCUGUUCCUGGUCCUGGUCUGUGUUGUGCCAUAUGAAGGGUGAGCAGGAUCAGGUGAGGGUUGGACCUGGUUCAGUCUGUGCUUCGGGUGGUUGUUAGUUUGAAUCUCGUCUCAGUUUUAGAGGACUGACGUAGACCUCCUGUAGGUCCAGGUCUGCUCAGUCCUGGUUUCAAAGACCUUAUCUGUCAAUGUGCCCUCUUUCAUUUCAGUCGCUGUCAUCAUGUAAGUUGAUUAAAAAAGUGGAAUAAAGUCAAGUCUGUGUAUUCA